GACCCGGAGCCGGCGUGUGCGCCCGAUAACUCGGCCUGCGCGGCGCAGCGAUCCAGGCCCAACUCGCCCCAGCCGGCCUUUGGGGGAGCCGCGGGAGGCUCUCGCGGGAGGGCCGGCCCGCCGGGGUCCCGGGAACUCGCAGAAGCCGGCCGCGCUCCCAGCCCGCCCGAAACCCAUGCUCCAGGGCUGGCCCGAGCUGCGGCUGGAGUGGGGGUCCCGCUCUGCAUGGCCCCGGCUGCUGCUAUGACUUCUUUGCCACUCGGUGUCAAAGUGGAGGACUCCGCCUUUGGCAAGCCUGCAGUGGGAGGCGCUGGCCAGGCCCCCAGCGCUGCUGCGGCCACGGCGACCGCCAUGGGCACAGAUGAGGAGGGGGCCAAGCCCAAAGUGCCCGCUUCGCUCCUGCCCUUCAGCGUGGAGGCCCUUAUGGCUGAUCACAGGAAGCCCGGGGCCAAGGAGAGCGUCUUGGUGGCCUCCGAGGGGGCUCAGGCAGCGGGUGGCUCGUUGCAGCACUUGGGCACCCGACCCGGGUCGCUGGGCGCCCCGGACGCGCCCUCCUCGCCGCGGCCUCUCGGCCAUUUCUCAGUCGGGGGACUCCUCAAGCUACCAGAAGAUGCUCUGGUGAAGGCCGAGAGCCCCGAGAAGCCAGACCGGACCCCGUGGAUGCAGAGUCCCCGCUUCUCCCCGCCCCCAACCAGGAGACUGAGUCCCCCGGCCUGCACCCUACGCAAACACAAGACCAACCGCAAGCCGAGAACGCCCUUCACCACCGCACAGCUCCUGGCUCUGGAGCGCAAGUUCCGCCAGAAGCAGUAUUUGUCCAUCGCCGAGCGCGCCGAGUUCUCCAGCUCGCUCAGCCUCACCGAGACCCAGGUGAAGAUCUGGUUCCAGAACCGCCGCGCCAAGGCCAAGAGACUGCAAGAGGCCGAACUAGAGAAGCUGAAGAUGGCUGCAAAGCCCAUGCUGCCGCCUGCCGCCUUCGGCCUCUCCUUCCCUCUUGGCGGCCCUGCGGCGGUGGCCGCGGCUGCGGGCGCCUCGCUCUACAGUGCCUCUGGCCCUUUCCAGCGCGCCGCGCUGCCCGUGGCACCCGUGGGACUCUACACCGCCCAUGUUGGCUACAGCAUGUACCACCUGACAUAGGUGGGCCCAGAGUGUCUCACUGUGGUGCCCCUCCCCCAGCCACCUCUUCUUGCAGCUGGAGUCCUUCCUAGGAAGCCCCAUAUCACCCGGCCCCUUCU